AUGGACGACAAGAUCUCAAUCACCAUCUGCGGCGACGGUGGCUGCGGUAAAUCCUCAAUCACCCUGCGCAUCGUCCGCUCCGCCUGGACACACGACUACGAUCCCACAAUCGAAGACUCGUACUCGGUCACACGCACCAUCAAUGGCCAAACCUACUCGCUCUUCCUCACCGACACGGCUGGCCAGGAAGAAUACCGCGGCAUGUGGUCUGCCGCAAACCUGACCUCAGACGCCUUCCUCUUCGUCUACGACAUUACAAACGCCCAGUCCCUGCAGAACCUCGACUUCUUUGCCGAGUUGAUCGACAUGGAGAGGGAGCACAGACAAGAGCAGGGAAAGUGCUGGCCUGCCAUCAUGGUCGCCGGAAACAAGUGCGAUCUGCAAGGUCAGCGACAGGUCGGUGCUGCUGAAGGUCUCGAGUGGGCAAAGAGCAGAGGCUGCGGUUUCAUGGAGACUUCGGCGCGUGAAGUCGUCAACAUCGAGGAGACUUUUGCCUGUGAGUCGCCCACAUCCACUACCAGCCAUCAUGAACUGACAGUAUACAGCANNAUCGUCAAGCGCGUAGUCGAAGCCAGAGAACAAUAUGCAGCAGGUCUGCGACCAAAAUUCCCUUCUCUCGUCAACCCAGCACCUCAUAAUCAAUCCGCCUCUCAACGCGUCUCUGCCGCAACAGAAACACAUCAAUCUGCUCCUGCGCCAAACAUUACCAGCCCAUCCGAGAAGCUGCGUUUCUCAGAAUCCGAGUCUGCUGCCACAUCACCACAAAAGAAGAAGAAGGGUGGAUUCUUUUCCAGCUUGAAGUGCUGGUAG